GUCAUAAUUAGCAGCAGAAGCAUGACCUUGGGGCUUAAACAUAGCUGCUGGGGGCAGCGCUCGGCUUUCCUGAGACACUGCUGAGGCUUUUUGCCUGUGUACAGUGCUGUUUUUCUUUCUUCUGUCCAAUGGCGUGUCAAGAAAGCAGCAGCAGUGGAGUUUUGUUACGUUUAGGUCUACUGAUGUUCGUCACCUCACUUUGCCACUGUACAAAGAUGACGAGGCUUAAGGCACUGGAUGAGAAAAGAGAGAACUUGGCGCGUACCCACAGCAAAGUUGAAAAAAGCCAUCAGCACUACGGAAGACUCCUAAUUGGACAGAACUCCCAGCAGGCCGCUAAACUCAACGGCACCAAUUCCACAGAGGACGUGAUGGACGUCGAGGCGGAUUACCAAGCCGACAUGGGCUGGUGGCCGACCCAGCAACUUAAUGAACGGAAUGACUGGCCGAAGUCUGACAUAGCAGCCAUGCAACAUCUCCUUGAAAUGGAAUCAAAGGUUGAAUGCACGCAAGACUCCAUGAAGCUUCUUGUUCACGAUGCGGCCUUCACCCCUGCAUCACUCAUCUUUGUGGACAGAGGUGCGCUGUCUCCUCUGUCUCUGGCCAAAUUGCCUUCCAGCUGUGGUUACACAAUCAGGUCAACUCAAAAGGAUUUGGUCCUGGUGGCGCCUUACGAUGGCUGCUUUGUGGUUGUUGAGGAGAACAGCUACGUUCUUCCGUUACGCUGGUGGGACCUACCCGUGAGGAUGUCGUGUCCUUUGUUUGAAUACCAGACACCAAAUCCUCCAAUGGUCACCUGCCACACCGAGGGCAUGGUAGUUAAAACGGAGUGGACCAGUGCUGCUUCUGACAUUAAAGCAAAGGUAAAUGGAAAAUGGGAACCUCUAUUGGUGGCUGCACAAAGAUGUUCGUUUGGUUUAGUUGAACAUCCUGAAGGUUUAGUCAUCUCUGUACGCUACCAGCCCUGCCUCGGGAAACAGGAUGGAUUGUACACCCUUGAACUUGCUACAGAUGGAGAAACAAAAAUUUCAUGUCCAUCGUUGUUGGCAGCUCAACUUGAACCCACAGAAAGCCUGGCAAAGGAUUCUACGCUGCAAAGUGAAAAGCCAAAUCCCGUUUUAUUCUCUCCACCUGAUCAAAAUGGCUUCCAAGUUCCACGUUCUCCUAAAAACUCAGGGAUUUCCAGCCAACAAAACUGGGUGCCUAAAGAAGCUGAUCAGUUCCCUUAUACCUUUUUCUCAAGUUUAAUGUACCCCCGCCUUACCUUUCAAGAGGCCACACCUACUAAGCAGCCUGCGCUCCCUACCCCAACACAGUCUGCUAGUACCCAAGCUACAGGUGAAAAUUUCAAUUACUUUCCCUUUUAUGAGUCCCAUUUAACUAGAAUAUCUCCAACAUGGUCACCAGUGUCCAAGUCGCCACCAGCUAAAAAUGAGGACCCUCUGCUUUCAUAUCCAUUUAGCCUUCCACCCAGAUUUUCUUCGAAACCUGAACAACCUCCAAGUGGCCCCAUGAGUCGAGAGCCACAACCUCCCAAUUUAUUUUAUUACCCACAAGUUCCACCUCAAGCUUAUUUUUAUCCCCUGUACCUUGAAAAAUUACCUGAGGACCAUGGUCAGUUGGAUCCUGCAGUGUCUGGAGAACCUCAGGGUGAAGAUUUACCAUUUCAUCUCAUCUGCACCCAAGAGAAGCCAGCUUCAAAACCCACUGGUGCUUCUCAACAACAAGCACACCAACCGUUGUACUUGGGGUGCAUUCAGCUGAAACCGGCCCCAGAACAAACUGCGUCACAGCGGUUAUUCCCCGAGACCCUUCGGCAGUCUUUCCUCAUAUGCAACCGGCAAACGGCCUCAAAAUCUACCGUGAGUCAGUCAUCAAACUCUGAAAGCUUCCAAGACCAAGUAUAUCUACCAUUCUACCUCAUGUGCACCCAGUGGAACCAACCCUUACAAUUCUCUAGUGCGACUCAGCCAGGACAAUCAGAAGUUUCGCAGAGCCAUCUAUACCAGGCAUUCUUCCCAUUUUAUACCCAGCUGCCUCUUGGUGACAAACCUGCUGGUGUGACUGGGCCACCACAGCCUUUAACCCGUCAAAGCCAGGAUUACCAGACAGUUUUCCCCAUCUACACCCAACCAACCUCAACUCAAAAGCCUGCUUUGACUCAGCCACCACAACCUAUGGCGCCACAAUCUCUGUUUUACCAGCAGGUCUUCCCCUUCUAUACCCAGCCAAAGCCAGAUCCAAAACCUGCUCAUGCUAAUCAACCACCACAACCUGCUUCCCCUUCUAACAAUGUUUACCAACCUGUUUUACCCUUCUAUAACCAACCAAACCCAACUGGGAAGCCUGCAGAGGUUACCUUAGCACCACAACCUACAACUCGACCAAGCAAAGAAUACCAGCUAUUUUUCCCUUUCUACACCAAACCAAAGUCUGAUCCGAAACCUGCAGUGACUCAGCCACCACCACCUGCAACUCCUGAAGGACAAGUAUACGAGCCUUUUCCUGACAUCUACGCCCAGCUAAAACCACUUUCAAAACCAUUUUCUACACAGCCAACGCUAACUGGUUCGUACUUAAGAGGAGCAAACCAGCCGUUUAUCCCUUUCUAUUCCCAACAAGGUACAACACCUGCUGAUAAUCAACCUUCAACCCCUCAAGGCCAAGUAUACCAGCCAUUCUUUAACUUCUAUACCCUGCCAGAGCCAACUCCGAAACCUACCGUCACCUGGCCAACUUGGCUUCCAGCCCCUGAAAGCCAGCUGAAUCAGCAGAUCUUUUCAUCCUUUUCCAAACCAAAUCCAGCAUUAAAGCCCGCAGCCUCUCAGCCGUCCCAACCUGAAGUCACUCAGGGUCCUGCAUACCAGCAGUUCUACAACAUGAAAAAGCCUGAACAACCUUCCAAGCCUUCUGAGCCACAGCAGAACAAAGUCACUCCUAGUCAAACGCAUCAGCCACUCUACCCUAACCAGCCGUACUUGGAGCCAAAGCCAGCUCCAGGAUCAACAGCUGUUCCUCGGCUGCUACAGUCAGACACCCUUCCAGGCCAAGCACACCAACAAAUGUGCUUAUACACUCAGCCGUUGACUGAAAGCCAGCUAGCAAACAUGCCAACUAAAACUAUUCAGGGUAAAGUUUAUGGGCCUUGUCAACUAUCUGGGAAACCAGGUGCUGAAACACCCAUAGUCUCUAAUCCCAUUCCUUAUGGUCUUCCUGGGGUUUGUCCUGAGUUUUGCCCGUCUGGCUUGUCAAAUUGCUGUUUCCAAAUAGCUGUUCAUCAGCACUUUCACAUUACUCCUGGAUAUGGUGCUGUGCCUCAAUUUUACAGGGGUUUGCCAUUCUCACAUAUGGUACACCCUGACUCCACCAUGGCCCUAGAAGCUGAGCAAGUCCCUCAAAGAGCCAGCACCUCUGCACAAAUGUCACCCUGGGGCCCUCAAACUGCAGGUCAAGAAUACUUUCAACCGCCAGAUGGCAACCCUGCUGCACUACCAACAAUUGGUCCAAGCAAGACUCCAGAUGAUGCAAGAGCUUCUCCUCGUAUUGCAUCAGAUUCUGAUUCAUCGUAUAACUACUGGUCACAUCUACAAGAUAUUCAGUUGCCAAAUAUGGAGCAAAACAAAUUUGCCAAUUUGAAUGGCCCUCUUAAACCUCCAGGUUUUAGGCCAGUUGAGCAAAUUCAGCCUGAUAACAUUCAAUUUCCCAAUUGGCAAACCAAUGAGCGGUUGGCGGGGAAUGUUCACUCCAUGCAAAGUUUCAUGCCUUACCCGAACCAGCCUGAAUCGCACUCGGACAUGGGAGAUAAUCCUGGUAUUGAGAGGCAGCCUUGGUACAAUUCGGAGCUUAAAAGUGCAACACAUCAUAACUUCAAACGUGCAAUAGACAAAUUUUUCUCUCAUCACUACAUGCCCCAAGAUGCUCCACAGUCCAAUCGGAACAACUCUGCAGCCCCUAAUAACUCUGACACGCAGCCUUCUCUGACCACCUCCAAGAACUCCACUUACCAUCAACAUCUGAAUCCUCAUUCAGUGUCAAAAAGUUUUGUGCUGCUACAACAUGGGCCACCAGGGAGGAAGCCAAAAAGUUUCCGUGACCCUUCAUCCCCUCUUGGACAGCUGCUUCAUGGCGCACGCUUCAAAGGAGAAAGAACUGAGCAGAACACCGAUUCAUUACAUGAACAAAGCAAGGGGUCCAUAAACCAGGAAGAAGGGAUGUCUAACCCUUCACAAAGUGAUGUUGACGCCUUGAAGAGGCUUGACGAAUCAGAUUUGCCAUCAUUUUUCUCGGCAUCAGGAAACUCCGACCCAGUGUAUUUUGAACCUGAACAAUAUUUCAGUGCUUCAGAAUUGAAGCCUGAUGUUCUUGAGUCAUUUGAGGACAUCUGGAAAUCCUUGACACCUACAGGCUCCAGUCGGUUGUUUGCUGCACGUGUUUCAGGGAAGGAUGAAGAGGGCAGUUUUGCUGUGAACCAGCCGUCAAGUGGAAUGAGCCAGCCACUCGAAAUGGAAAACGGAGAUUAAGAAGAGUUGUCUUUAAUAAAACUUUAUCUAACAA